AUAAAAAUGCAACGCAAAUGUAUAAUGAUGAUGUUAUGGUUAGAAAAGAAAAUUUCCAGCUCAUUAUGUCACGUUAUGUCGAAGCUGGCGGGGGUGCGUUUUAUUACGCCAAAAAGGAUAUUAACGCUAGAAGACGGGCUCAAGAACUUUCUAGGACUAGGCCACCAGAAAAAUUAGAAUGGUGGCAAAAAGUUGAAUUGGACGAGAAGGCAAAAAAUUCAAGUGAUGAGGCAUCUGGUUCUGGAUUUACAAAUAGUGGUUCAAGUAACGGCAAUGGAUAG